UAAUCACUCUCUCCCUCUAUCUAUCUCUAUACAGUUGUCUGAAAUCUUUAGCUGUUAAAGUCUUCCGGCAACAAUGGCGUUUUCGAGCUUUUUGACGGUGUUGAUGGUUGCAUUGAUCGCUGGAUCUGCUUUGGCUCAGUCACCUACGGUCGCGCCAACAGUUUCUCCGACGGCUACUCCCACCGCCUCACCUCCGUCUCCUGUUUCCGCGGUUCCUACUUCCUCACCAACUGUUGCUCCGUUGGCUUCUCCACCGGCUCCUCCUACUUCUCUUGCUCCCGGUUCUCCCAUCGGUUUGCCUCCUUCGAUCUCAUCAACUCCUACCGAUUCGCCUACGUCUUCUCCACCUAAUUCUGCUAGCUUGAACAGAGUUACCGUCGCUGGAUCCGUUGCCGUGGUUGUCUUAGCCGCAGCUUUUGUUCUGUAGAGAUCUAUUCUCAUUUCAUGAUUUUCACGUUGAGUGAGGGUUUGCGACUUGUGAUUAUAUUUACUUCAUUGUUAUUAUUUUUUUUUCCACUAGUUGAUUAUUAGUCGAUCUCUAUUUCACGAUCCGAGACGACGAUCGAGCACUCGAUUUGUUGUUGUUGUUGUUGUUGUUAUUAUCAUCAUUAUUUUAUACAAUCAUCUACUCAUUCUUAUACA